GUUGGUAUACCUAUAGCAACAACAUAACCCCACUAAUUUUUGAAUUAUAAAAAUUAUGUUGAUACGAUGUUUGAUGCAAUUAUUACCGCUUAUAACGUUAUUUAUUCGGUGAUUUACUACAGUUAUUACGUGAGUUUGAAAUGUGGACAGACGAUUGUGACUCAAUCAGCUAAUUUAGCGAAUAAUGUCGUUAAUUUUGGCUUAAUUUUAUUGGAAUCAUUGAAGAUAUUUCUGGAGGAUAUUUAUGGGACUGUAGUGCUAAUAUACGGAAGUUUUAUGCAUUUAUUCGAUGUUAUUUUGGGCGUUAUUGGAGAUAUUGGAAGUGGAUUCAGUAAAAUCAUCUUGGAGAUAUGUCGAGUGUAUGAAGUUAUUUUAAACAGUCCUUUAGCGGUUAUUAGAGUUAUUCGACAAUUAUUUGUAUGUAUUAGGGAUUUAAUUAUAUUAAUUGGGGCUGGAGUUUGGUUUGCCAUAACCAUUGUACCCCUUUCUCUAUGUUAUUUAACAACAUCCACUGCCAAAUUAGUUUUAAGUCUAAUUAUAGAAACUUUUGAUAAAAUUAAACAAUGUACUGAAACAAUUAAGACUGUCUUAUACGAUUUAUAUUACUUUGUGACUGAUGUACCUUUAGAAUCUCUAGCUGGUCUAAUUGUAGGGUUAAGUAUAGCCUAUAUUUUAUUUCAAUUUUACGUUGUUAUAUAUGCGUUUUUACGUGCAAGAUUUACGUCUUACAAACAAAUAAUCAGACAAAACUGUGCUGUUUUAUAUAAUAAUAUUCUCCAAAAAAUUACUGUACGCCAAAGAGUUAUAUACAGAAGGAUUUUGGAGAGUAGGAGACCCUUGCAUUUACGACGGGAACCUAUUAAUCGAAGAGUUCUUGUCGCUAGAAGAGUUAUUCAACAGGAAGAAAGCAAAAAUGAAGACUCUUUUUUAGACCAAAGAUUUUGUGUUAUUUGUCAGGAACGGCAAAAAUGCAUUCUGAUUUUGCCAUGUAGACAUGUUUGUCUUUGUAGCGAAUGCAAUUCUCAACUGCAGAUGUAUAACAAUACUUGUCCUAUGUGUAGAAAGGAUAUUGAAAGAACGAUGAAAGUAUUUGUGUAGCAAUGAUUUGUGAUAACGUGUUAUACAAUGGAGAAUUUAUGCAGUUUUUAUCAUGUUAAUUUUUUAGUCCAUGAAUGAUUUAUUUUAAUUUGAAUUUUUUUUUCAUUAUGAGUUUGUAAAAAAAUAAUC